UGCACGUGCUCCUCAUCAUCCUCAGCAUCAUCUUCAUCAUCACCGGGAUGAAGACGAGGUGGAGGAUGGAGGCAGCGCAGCCCGCAACACGUCGUCGUCACGGAAACGUAAUCUCUGUGUUUUCCUUUUAAUGAGGCGCGGCGGACGGCUGCGGGAUUUUGGGAGUCCGACGACCACAAGCUGGAAGGAAGAAAACAAAAAGUGGAUCACAGCGGCGGCGGCGGCGGCGGCAGCGGAAGGACACGAGACGUCAGCACACGCACGCGGAGAAGAUGCCGUUCCACCACGUGACGGCGGGCCUGCUGUACAAAGGCAACUACCUGAGUCGCUCGCUCUCGGACGGCGACGGCGACGCGCUGGCCAGCAUCUCCGUGGAGGAACUCCACGAGAUCCGGGAGGCCUUCGAAGUUCUGGAUCGCGACGGCAACGGUUUCAUCUCCAAGCAGGAGCUGGGAAUGGCCAUGCGCUCGCUGGGGUACAUGCCCAGCGAGGUGGAGCUCGCCAUCAUCAUGCAGCGGCUCGACAUGGACGGUGACGGCCAGGUGGACUUCGAGGAGUUCAUGACCAUCCUGGGACCGAAACUUCUCUCCUCCGAAACCAGAGAAGGUUUCCUGGGAAGCACCAUAGACAGCAUCUUCUGGCAGUUCGACAUGCAGAGGAUCACGCUGGAGGAGCUGAAGCACGUCCUCUUCUACGCUUUCCGAGACCACCUGACCAUGAAGGACAUCGAGAACAUCAUCAUCAACGAGGAGGAGAGCCUGAAGGAGAACGCGGGAAACUGUCAGACCGAAUUUGAAGGAGUUCACCCGUCCAAGAAGAACCGUCAGACGUGUGUGAGGAAGAGCCUGAUCUGCGCCUUCGCCAUGGCGUUCAUCAUCAGCGUCAUGCUGAUCGCAGCCAAUCAGAUGCUGAGGAACGGCAUGGAGUAGCCACGCCCACUGUGACACACGCACACGCACGCACACACACGCAAAGUUUUUUUUCCUCGCACUGCACCCCUUUACUUCGACAGCAGGGACACUCAAGGGCUGACGUUACCCACAAUCCUCCUCUGUCCUCUUCAGACGAUGCAAUAACGAGGCGCCGGGCGCGGGGAGGAGCGCUGGAUGGUUUUGGUGCGCGCGGACGGACGUGAAGGCGCGUCCGACUUGGCGGCCUCACGCCGGCGCUGAACACUCGCGUGGUGGUCGCCUCAAGGAAUGCUGGGAAACUUUGUUGUUGUUGUUUUUAUUUUGGGGAAAACAAUCUGUCAGUCCGGACGGUAAGCCUGCGAGCGAGCGGGGGAUCGAACGGGGAUCUCUUUGAGACAAGGACCCCGAACACCUCACGUCCUGCGAUCUUCUUGUCUUCCUCCCUCAUCGUCCUCCUCCAUUCUUUUUCUUUCUUUCUUGUCGUCCUCUGAUCUGCUCCUUUCUUCGUCCUCCUUUCUCCUCCCCUCUCUUCUCCCUCCUCUCAUCCCCUUUUUUUCUCCUCCUCCUCCUUUCUUGUCCUCCUCCUCCAUCUGGGCGUGUGAAUGUUCUUCGCGUUUGUCGCCGUCUUCGUCUGACUUCCCGUCUGGUCUCGGCGACGCAAUCGCGUCGUCCCGUCUCGUCCGUCUGCGCGUUUCUGCUUGCGUCUUCUGUCCUGCUGAAUCGAUCGAUGAUUAUCGGUUAUUGAUCGCGUGGCGCGAACAGACAAACGACCAUUCGCGCCUUUAGACAAUUUUGCGUCACCGGUGAAGCUAACGUCUGCGUUUCGGGAAGGCGGAGGCGGGAGGACGCCGGCGUACCCGAGGCCAGAUUCGAACGCGGAACCUCUCACCUGCGAAGCACGUGUUCUAACCACGAAUCUUUUGCAAACUUUUUUUUGCCUUUUUCAGAACAAAGCUGUUUUUUGGGCAAAACACUUAUUGGUGGAAUUUGCCUGCUUCAAGAUUUUCUUUUUCAAUGCAAUUAUAAUUUGCAUCGAUGAUUCGUGGAUUUUUGCUUGACCCAAUCGGGCCAAGGCCUUAUCUCCACUUUCUGCUCAUUAUGAUCCAAACUGUAACCCCAAUAAUGCCAAUUAGGUUGAAAGUCUAAAUCAUCUUAAAGUGGGACAGUGACGACACUUCAAACCUUUUCUUUCUUCCCUUUAUAUUUAUUUUAAUUGUAGAAUUUAUUUGCAGGCACUUUAGGGUGCACUUGAGUUCUAAACAAACUUCAGAUGACUUAAGUUUUUUAUUUUUUAUUUAGUCCUGCAUUCUGAGUGUGAAAAUCAACAAUAAAUAAUCGAUUCCUUAGGGACUAAAUUAUAAUGCGCGCACACACACACACACACACACAUAUAUAUAUAUAGAGAGAGAGAGAGAUUUUUUUAUUUAUUUUUUGCUGCAGCACUCUGUUUCCUUGCCGCCCGCAGUCUCCAGUUGGAUAUAAAAUGUUUCUUCAACCUCCUCUUCCAAGUGCUGCGUUCAAUGCCACGCGGUUUUCGGAGGUUCAGAGUGUCGCGAACCUCCAGACUCGUCAGCAAUAGAUGAAAAUCUACAAUAUGGAGACCGUAUUUUUAAGCGCUCCCACCUACUUGAAACACGACAAAACUUUUAAAGAAUAGAUUCUCCAAAUAAGAGCCAAAGCGUGAAGUUUACUGUAAAACCCAAGAAUUAAACAUCGUAGAAGCAAACCCUAUCAUUUUGUUUAACGAAAGUCCGCUAGCUUAAUGCUACCAUAUAAUGCAAAACGCCAGAGACGGGCUAACGGAAAUUAGCAUAAGUGUCGUGGAGUAGAGAAGUGAAAGAAUGGUUGAAAUGGUGACGCAAGCAUGCUCUUCAAAUCCAGACCCUAACCCGAACCACUUGGGGGUCUCUAAGGCGCCACCCCUUCACCGCACCUCUAAUAAGAAGGAAGAAGCCACGUGGUCUGGCUGACCGACGUCACGUGAUCCACGUGAGUUGUAUGAGGUAACGAAACACUGUGACCGCACCGCAAUAGCAACACGCGUGCGCCGGGUGACGUCAUUCUGACGCGGAAGGCGCUCAUGUCCAAGCCAUAAACGGGAUGACCAGCAAACUCUGUGCAAUGCAAGGGCGCCCUCUCGUGGCAUCGUGUCGAUUCACACAAUAAUGGCAUUCAGAUCACAAACACGAUAAUCAGAGAUUUUAAUUUAACAAUUUGUUUAUUAUUGUCGUUACGAUACGAAUCACCUGUAUGAGCACAAUAAUGAACAUUUGUUACAUUAAUGACAAUAAGAGAGUGCGCAUUUUGACGAGAUCAUUUUUUAGUAUGAGAUGGUGUACCUAAUGAAGUGUCUAGCGAGAAGGACCAAGGGGCGGGCAAACAGGAGUUUGUAAAAGGUCACGUGGGCACCUGACGUCAUUUGGAGACGAACGGGGGGGAAGAAAGUUAAAAUGUUGAUGUAAAACAUGUAAAAUACUUUUAUAAUGUAAUAACAUAAUUGUCCUGUAUUCGUUAUUUAUGAUUGAAUUGUAAUGUAUUACCAAUUAUACAGUCAAACAAAUAAUUAAAUGUUAAAUGCAUGUGUAAAAGUUUAUUUUGACAAGAAUGCGUUCUCAUUUUUUUAUUUGAUAAUCAAUAUAUUUAUAAUUCAUGAACCAAUGAUGUAUUUCAAAGAAGAAGAAACAGUUCUAUGCAUGUAUAAAAUAGUUAUUGAAAUAAUAUAAUAAUUCAUUCUCAUUAUUCAUAAAUAAUGUCAUUAUAAUGAAAUUUCCAAUUAUGAACGAACACCAAAAUAACCCGUUUUAAAUGUUUGCGUGAAAUAGUUCAUUGGAAUCACGAAAUCGUCAUUCAUUCUGCUUCAACCUUUUCAGAAUUGGUCAUGACCAAAUUGAAGAAUGUAGCACUUUGUCGAGCUCCAGCAGCUUUCGUUGCCUGCGGACGCGAAGUCUCGCGUGAGGAUGGCAAGAUGUGGGAACACGUGACGUUGCCGAGCGGGAACGUGGACACGCUCAACACAAAAUGGCAACCAAACGCACACGCUUCAACUUGUAAUAUUUAACAAGUGUAAAUAGUCAACGUAUUCACGAUGUUGCAAUAAAUCUUGUUGUUUUUCAAACGCA